GGGAUGGAGAGAAACAGGAAGAUGGGGCCGAGAUGGGGAAGUUGAGAGUACGUUGGGCUCUUUUUUCCAACGUGCCGCAGGCGGUUUUUGAAUGCCUCCUAGAUGCCAGGCACUGGGUAGGCGCUGGGAGUGUAAGGGUGAAACUGACCUUAGGACUCCUUCACUGACCACUAGCAGAGACUGACAGGGACUAAGAUGGAUCUUGUACUCAGUGCUGCAGAUCAUUACUUUUUUACACCAUUCAUAUAUCCAGCCACGUGGCCAGAGGAUGACUUCUUCCGACAAACUAUUAGUCUCUUGAUUAUAACAAAUCUUGGUGCUUAUAUCCUUUAUUUCUUUUUUGCAACACUGAGCUAUUAUUUUGUCUUUGAUCAUUCAUUAAUGAAGCAUCCACAGUUUUUAAAGAAUCAAGUCUAUCGAGAGAUUAUGUUUACUGUCCAGGCAUUGCCAUGGAUAAGUAUUCCCACUGUUUCAUUGUUCCUGCUGGAGUUGAGAGGGUACAGCAAAUUAUAUGAUGAUAUAGGAGAGUUUCCAAAUGGCUGGUUUCAACUCAUUGUUAGUGUACUGUCCUUCCUCUUUUUCACUGACAUGCUGAUCUAUUGGAUUCACAGAGGCCUUCAUCAUAGACUUGUAUAUAAGCACAUACAUAAACCUCAUCACAUCUGGAAGAUUCCUACUCCAUUUGCAAGUCAUGCUUUUCACCCCGUGGAUGGCUUCCUUCAAAGUCUACCUUACCAUAUAUACCCUUUUAUCUUUCCAUUGCACAAGGUAGUUUAUUUAGGUUUAUACAUCUUGGUCAAUAUCUGGACAAUUUCUAUUCAUGAUGGUGAUUUUCGUGUCCCUCAGAUCUUAAGACCAUUUAUUAAUGGCUCAGCUCAUCAUACAGACCACCACAUGUUCUUUGACUAUAACUAUGGUCAGUAUUUCACAUUGUGGGAUAGAAUUGGAGGCUCGUUCAAAAAUCCUUCCUCUUUUGAAGGGAAGGGACCACUUAAUUAUGUGAAGAAGAUGACAGAAGAAAAAUACAACAGCCAUGCAGGAAAUGGUUGUAAAAAUGAAAAAUUAUUCAAUGGUGAGUUUACAAAGACUGAGUAAAUUACUGCCCAAUUAUUAAAUGUUUUUUAAUAAGGAAAAAUAAUCCAUAUAUAGCCAAAAGACAUAGUAAUUAAAUGCAUGUGGUUGCUGCUGAGGAAUGAUCAUAAUGGUAGAUCAAGGGAAGGUGCUAUGAGCACCAUGAUUUUAACCUCAUGCUGAAAAUACUAGAUGUUGGUCUAAGGGACAACUUAUAUUUUUCUUUCCAGCAGAUCUAUGAUUUGUAUAGUCUCAACAACCAUUUUUAAAAAGAUAGAGAAUAAAUUAUUGAGGGGAGUAGGUUAUGCCCUUUUGUCUUACUCUGCCAUAUUCAUAAAGAAAAAUUCAUUGUGUUUAAUAAUACCAAGACUAAGCACCAUAAUGAAGAAAUACUAACAUAAAGAUGGUUCCUUGUUUUAGGAAUGAUUAUGUCUGCAGUGUUGGUACAGUUUGUUCAAGUGGAAACAUCAGUGUGACAAAAAAAAUACUGAUGUAACAUAUUAGUGGCUUCCUAAAUGGCCUAAUUAAUAGUAAGUAUAAUUAGAUUAUCACUUCCUACACAUAGGAAGCUUAUACUCUGAGAAUAUUGAAAAUUCACAUUUUACUGAUGAUUAAAUAAAUUAGAAUAAAAAAAUUGAUACUGCCAUGAUUUAAUUUAGAUCUGAGAUUAUUAAAGAGUUUGAUGGUUAUUAUUUAAAACGAUCAUUUAAUAAGUAUGAAAAUGUGAAUAUAUAAAUAUGUGAAUCUGAAUAUACAGUAGUCUCCUCUUAUUCAUGGGGGAUAUGUUCUAAGACCCCCAGUGGAUGCCUGAAACUGCAGAUAAUUUCAAAUACUAUAUAUACUAUGUUUUUCUACCCAUACAUACCUAUGAUAAAGUUUAGUUUGUAAAUUAGGCACAGUAAUAGAUUAACAACAAUAACUAAUAAACUAUUAUCGUUAGAGAAAUUUGAUGCCCAAAUAAUAUCUUUGACACUACUGAUUUUUAAAUUGAUGCACUGCACUUUUGAUUCUUCAACGUCACAGACCUAUAAUUUUCGAUAGGGAAUAGUUGCCAAAUAUUUAGACAUAUCACUGAAGAAUAGUUUUGAAAUAUUCUCUCACGUCUCCCUCACUUUUCCCCACUUCCUCUGCAAAAAAAUUAACAAAUAUUUUCAUAAUGAAAUGUACAUAACAUAAAUAUUGGCAAAACAUGGUUUGUGUAGGCAUUCUUUAAGCUAUUUAUAUAAAAUCAGUAAAGGUUUACUAUGACCGUUAAGCUGUAUCAGGUAAAUAUUGUAACAACACAAAGUAUUCUUUGUACAAAUUUUAUACUAAUUUGAAACCACAGAAAUAAUUUGGGUUGUCAAAACUGAUUUAAAAUGUCCCCAAAUGCUCAAUGUCAAGGAGAGAAAGAGAGAAAUGGGUAUUACAUUCUUUUUAUGUCAUUUUAUUAGAUUUGAGUAAUUUAGUAAGAAAGAGACCAGUCAUAAAUUUAAUGCUUGGGAUCUAUAUAAAAUGUAUUUUUCUCUUUGAGUUACUAUUAUGUUUGUCUUCCUUAUAUAUACCAGUAUACUAAUUAGUAUUUUUAACUGGUAAAUGCAGCUGAGUGCUUUUUCAAUAAUCAUCCUCACCCUCUAGUAUUCCACUUUGCCCAAGAAAAGGAAGGAAAUUAAAUAAACUUUGUUGCUUAAUAAUAAUGGCAGCAACUAUUUAUUGAGGUUUUACUCUUGAUCAGGCACUGUUACAAGUACUUGACAUGAGGAAACUAGGACCCAGUUGUGCCACUUUUCCGAGAGUAUUUCUCUCAAGUAUGGAUAUGUUUCUAGUCAGUGGGCAGCCUUCCACAGUAAUUCUGAGACCCAGGCUCCUUCCAUCUUGGGGAGCUGCCUUUGCCUCAGUCUGCAAUCUUCUUUGUUGAAGGAGCACAUAAGGCAAGAGGGAAAAGUACACAAAGAAAAUGUGUAGAUCAGCCCUGGAAGUCAUACAUAUCUCUUUCGUAUGUUCCUUUGAAAACUCAGUCACAUGGCCCAUCUGACUGAAAGAGAUUCAGAGAGUCAGGGAAAUGUCUCUAAUCGUAUAGCUGGGAGGAUGAGGUAACCAGUUUCUCAAACCAUUGCUAGUUUGCCAUACUCAUAAUUUAUUCCCCUCUUUUUGAGGGUCCUGGCAAAGGUGUUGAAGAGACGUAUGAGUUCAAAAGUAUUUCAAGUUAUCUAUGAACUGGUUAUCUUCGUGUCCUUAAUUCUAUAACUCCAAUUAUAAGUGUUGAAGUUUCCUCUAGAUUCUUAUUACCGUGUAGCUAAUAGAAAAGAUAGGAUGUAAUUUAUGGAGAGAGAGAAGCUUCCUCAAAAGUAAUCAAACUAUUCUCUGCCUUCCCACCAUUUUUCUUAAAGUCUGAUCUUAUUAAGCAGUAUGAUUUUAAGCAGUCCUAACAUUAUUUGUAGACUAUCAUCACAUUCUCCUAGUCUCCAUUAGAGAAAUUAAGAGAAUAUUCAUGGAAUUGAGGAUUUAAAUUCUUUCCUACAGGAAUAUCUGAUGAAGGACUUUUUGCCUUGACUUUGAAACCUUUUAUACUUACAGGACAGAAAGGGAAAAUCAGGAUUAUAUUUUCCACUUUUAUGUUAGAAAUUGAGAAAUGGAUGGAGGUGGUACAAAACCCAGAGACCUUUACUGAAUCCUUAUCUUUCUCCCUGUGUCUCUCUUCCUGUCUCCCUGUGUGUGAAUGCUGUAAUUUCCUACUUCUCAUUGCCCUGUAUCAUGUUACUUUUUCCUCCCAUCUUCAAGAAGUCAAGACAAAUUUGGGAGAAAAUUGUGAGUUUAGUUUUUCUUACACAGAGUGAACAGUGUAGGCAGAUUAUUUAUAUAGAGAUGAUGUCUGGGAGGAAAAUGGAAAGCAGGGAGACAAAUCAGAACAAAGAUAUUUGUGAUUAAUUCAGAUGGAAGAAAAGUUUGAGGCUCUGAGAUUGAUUGUCAAAGAGAGCAUGAAAAAUAGAUGUCUAAAGAAACAAACCAACUUAAAGGAAAAAGAACUUCCUUUCCUUAUCUAAUUUCAAAUUCAAAACACUUGACUGGCAGCCUUAUAUCAUCAUUUAUUGCUUUCUAUCAUUGUUAUGCAUGCCCUAUUUAUUCUAGACCCCCAGAUUCCUUCAAAGUAGAGACCAUUUUUGAAUCACUGUUGGGUUAAAAGAUGUGUUCCUACAGAAUGUCCAGGAUAUGGUUGAAGUUCCAUAAAUGCUUUGCUAAAUGAGUUAAUGAAAUGAUAGAAAUGCCAUUCCCGUCAAUAAAUAUUUAAUGAAUCUCUAUUAGGUGCCAAACACUACACGAAGUGUAAAUAUUAAUUCCAGACUCGUAAAAGCUGUCUUUUUAGCCAACACUUUGUUUUUUCAUUUAUUUAUUAGCUGAUAUUUGGUGUGUUCCUUGGGGGAGUCACAAGGAGAACUAAAGGGAAAUCAAAACAGUCCCUACAUCAAGGAUAGACUGUCCUUUUUUUCUCACUCAAAGUCUUGCUUUCCACUGGAAACAAAACCCACCCUGGAUACAGAUCAUAUGUGAAUCAGUGAUAUGAGUACUGAUUAGAGGGGUGAAUGUGUACAGUUAUUAUGUAACAUAGUGCUCUGGAUACAAAAAAAGAUCAUAAUUAUUGAUUGAUUAUACCAAGUAAUGACAAACCUAGGAGGAUAAUCUAUAACUUUGACUGGAAGGUAAUUUAUCUCAGAAGAAUUGUAGAAGCUAAGAGUUUUGAAGUUAAACAAUUUUGAAUCCUGGCUCUGCCACUUACUAUGAUUGCAUGAUCUUGGUCUCUCUAUCUGUAAAUUAAUGAAAAUACUACCUAUGUAAUAAGAUUAAGUAAAUUAGAAACACUCAAUUAAAUGUCAAUUCACGUAAAUGGUGCUUAAUGCUGCUUUCUAGGUUCAGUGAUUAUUUUAUUACACGUAGGGUAGGCCCUCAGUAGAAACCAAUUGCGGGGAGAAAAAUGCCUAGAUAAUGCCAAUUUUACCUUAAAAUUGGAAGGUGAAAAACAUGAGGUGAACAAGAAUGGGGGAUGUAGAGGAAAAUCACAUCAGUAAAACUAAAAUUGCUACAUUAUUUACUGUAAAUUUUCUUUGUAAAAGUUGAUUUAUUGUUAAGCAAUUUUAUUUUUAAAAUGCAUUGCUAUAAACCAUAAGACCAGUCUAUAA